AUGAAGGGCCAGGCAGCUCCGCUGCCGCUGCAGCCCCGGCCCUCGCCCGCCAAGGGCCCUCUCGUGGCCCUCCUGGGUCUGAGCCUGGGGCUGGCCCUGUCUCAGCCCGAGCCUGUGGCCAUGGACUGCAGAUCCCUUGGCCCGGUGGAACGCCUGACGUUCACGCCCGUAGCCAGGACCUGGUGGCUGGAGCCUCGAGUGCGUGCUCAGGGGCCGCUGGACUUGCUGUAUGGCACUGUGCACAGCUUUCUGUCCUUGGUGCAGUUCAACGCCUUUCCGGCUGAACUAGUAAAGGCUCUGCUGAACAAGUCCGCUGCCUGGAAGGUGGAUGAGAUGUUGCUGUAUGAGGCAGGCUACGUGGUGUGUGCGGUGAUCGCAGCCCUCUACCUCCUGGCGGUGCCAGCCACCGGACUCUGCUUCUGCUGUUGUUGUCGCAGACGCUGCGGCGGCCGCGUGAAGACGGAGCACAAGGCCAUGGCCUGUGAGCGAGGCACCCUCAUGGCCUGCCUGCUACUGACCACUCUCGUGCUGCUGAUUGGCGUGGUCUGCGCCUUUGCCACCAACCAACGUGUGCACGAAGCCACACCCCCCAGCGUUGAGGCUGUGACUGAGACCCUGCUCAGCCUCCGGGGCCUGGUCUCUGACGUCCCCCAGGAGCUGCACGCUGUGGCGCAGCAGUUGUCCCUCCCUCAGGAGCGAAUCUUGCAGGAACUGGAUGGGGUGGGCAUGAGCAUCGGGAGAACCAUCUGUGCCCAGCUCGGAAGCACCGUGUACCCAGUGCUGGCCUUAGUGCUUGGUGUGGGCCAGGCCCUACAGGUCUCCCUGGACUACCUUCGAGUCCUGAACGCCACCUUGCAGGAGCUGCAAGAAGGACAGAGGCAGCUGGAGCCAGCUGUCAUGACACACCUGGAGCGCCUUGAGUCGCUACUGCAGGAGCCAGGAUGCCAGGGCUGCACUGGGGCCAUGAGCAGGGCCCGUGCCCUGCAGCUGGGCGCUGACUUCACACAGGUGCCCACAGUGGAUGAUGUCCUGCAUCGACUGAGGGAUGUUCCAGAGGCCAACUUCUCCAGCAUGGUCCAGGAGGAGAACAACACCUUCAACUCCCUCCCACUCCUGGCUGCCAUGCAGAUGGCCGACAUGAUCAAUGAACUGAAGAAGGAAGUGGCUCAGGAACCCGAGGGAAUAAGAACUCUGGCUGAAGGCUUCCCAGGCUUGGAGGCCACCUCUCGCUGGAGCCAGGCCCUGGAAGAUGCAGAGCAGAGUAGCCAUCCCUACCUGCAGGAGGUGCAGCGAUAUGAGAGAUACAGGUGGAUCGUGGGCUGUGUGCUGUGCUCCAUGGUCAUCCUUAUCGUGCUCUGUAACCUGCUGGGCCUCAACCUGGGCAUCUGGGGGCUGUCAGCCAGGGAGGACCCCAGCUACUCAGAGGCCAAGGGCAAGGCUGGAGCCCGCUUCCUCAUGAUGGGUGUGGGCUUCAGCUUCCUUUUUGCAGCACCCCUCAUUCUUCUAGUCUUCGCCACCUUCCUGAUCGGAGGCAAUAUGCAGACGCUGGUGUGCAGGAGCUGGAAGAAUGGGGAACUCUCCAAGUUUGUAGACACCCCAGGGAAUUUGCCCCCAUCCAUGAACCUGUCUGACCUCAUUGGUCUGAAAAAGAACGUCAGUAUCCUCAUGGCCUAUCAGCAGUGCAAGGAGGGAGCUGCACUGUGGAGUGUCCUGGAGCUCAAUGGUUCCUAUGAUGUGGAGAAGCAUCUGGAUAUGGACCAGUACACUGCCAAACUGCAGCAAGAAUUGCAGACUCUCAAGCUGAACAUGCGGGACCUGGACCUGCUGCACCCGGCAGCCCGCCGGGACCUGGAGACUCUGCAGAGCAGCGGGCUGGACAAGAUUCACUACGCAGACUUCCUCACUCAGAUCCAGAAGCCAGUAGUGAAAACAGACAUGGAGAAGCUGACUCAAGAGCUGGAGAAACUGGCCCAGGCCCAAGGCAGCUCUUCACUAAGGGAGGAGGCCCAAGCACUCAGAAGCCUCUAUCAGGAGAAGGUCAUCCCCCAGCAGAUCCUGGUGGCGAAGCUUAACCACAGUGUCUGGGCCCUGGCGUCCUCAGCCCCAAGACUCCAGCUUGAGGCAUCAGACAUCCUAGAAAAGGCCACUUACCUGAAAGCAGAGCUUCCUGCCUGGGCCAGCCACAUCCUGAAGAAUGAAACUGAGUGUUACUUGAGCAGGGAGAUGGACUACUUCUCCCAGUAUGUGGCCUGGGGGAGAGAGGAGGUGACCCAACGUAUUGCCACCUGCCGGCCCCUCUCUGCAGCUGUGGACAAUGGGCGUGUGACCCUGUGUGACAUGAUGGUUGACCCCUGGAAUGCCUUCUGGUUCUGCCUGGCCUGGUGCACCUUUCUCUUGAUCCCAAGCAUCAUCUUUGCUGUAAAGACCUCCAAAUACUUCCGACCCAUCCAGAAGCGUCUCAGCUCCACCAGCUCUGAGGAGACACAGCUCUUCCACAUCCCCCGCGUCACCUCCCUGAAGAUGUAG